GGCGCCGGAGGCGUGAGGAAGGGUGGCGAGGGGUCCGGAUUUCAGACAAAGUCCAGUUCUCAACAAUGUUGAAAUCAAAUGAUUGCUUUUUUCCCGCGGAUGAUUUGUUUUACAGUAGCCCAGAUGAAACUGAAAACUUCCCAGUUAAGCAGAAGCCACUGCAUUGGUUUCUCCCUCCAGCUCCGCUGAUUGCAGAAAUUCCAGACAUUCAAGACUUAGAGGAAGAAAUUGAAAACUAUAAACUAUUAGGACAAGGAAAGUUUCCAAAAACGGUAACAUCAAAUUUGAAGAUCAUUAAUGAAGACAAAAAUUGUAUUUCACCAACACAAAGAUUCCAUUUUCCUUGUAAAGCACAUAAAUGGGAUUACCUAAACUUAGGAGGAUCGAGUAACAGUGAUAGGUCCCACUCAGCUGACAAGCUGGUGUAUGACUCUUCUCAGAAACAUAAAACCUACAUUGGCACUGAGAGUCCACCUGCAAAGAGUGGUCCUGGUGACACAAAAUUACUUAAUGCUGCGGAAGAUAGAGGACAGGGACCAUCAGCAUUCAAAAGAAGGUUAUCUAGAACAUGUAACAGUAUACAUGACUAUGAUCGUGCUAACGAGCGUUUAAACUUGGAUUCUUAUGAUAGCCCAGGGAAACCUGCCCAAACGAGAGUAAUAAGCAAGGAGAAGUCACGGAACUGUAGCAGCGCUAAGCAGAAACUUCUUCAUUCUGUAAACAAAUUCAAAGCAGAUGAUGCUUUUUCAGCUUCUGGAAUUGGAGAAAACAUACUCAAAAUACCAUCCUUUUCUUUUACAUCUCAGCCUCAUGACAUUCAAGGUAUAACUCCAAAUGGCUUAAGUUGCUUGAAGGCUGUCACAGAAAUCCCGGCAAAAUUUAGAAGUAUAUUCAAAGAAUUCCCUUACUUCAACUACAUACAAUCCAAAGCCUUUGAUGAUCUUCUUUACACAGAUAGGAAUUUUGUGAUUUGUGCCCCAACUGGUUCUGGGAAAACUGUAGUGUUUGAACUAGCGAUAACCAGAUUGUUAAUGGAAGUACCAUUGCCAUGGUCCAACAUAAAAAUUGUUUAUAUGGCACCAAUAAAAGCUCUUUGUAGUCAGCGGUUUGAUGACUGGAAAGAAAAAUUUGGACCCAUAGGCCUGGACUGUAAGGAAGUGACUGGAGAUACAGUACUGGACGACCUGUUUGAGAUUCAGAAUGCUGACAUCAUUAUGACAACUCCAGAGAAAUGGGACAGCAUGACCAGGAAGUGGAGAGACAGCUUUUUCGUCCGCCUGGUUCGCCUGGUUCUCAUUGAUGAGGUGCACAUUAUAAAAGAUGAAAACCGUGGUCCAACUCUUGAAGUUGUGGUUACCAGAAUGAAAACUUUAUCUAGGUCCUUAAAAAAUGCCGUCUCUGUUCCAGUGAGAUUUGUAGCUGUAUCGGCAACAAUUCCCAACGCUGAGGAUAUUGCAGAGUGGCUUUCUGAUGGCAAGAAACCUGCUGGCUGUCUGAAAAUGGAUGAGAGCCACAGGCCGGUGAAGCUGCAGAAAGUGGUCCUGGGCUUUCCCUGUAGUAGCAGCCAGACUGAAUUUAAGUUUGACCUAGCCCUCAACUAUAAAGUUUACAGUGUUAUACGAACGUACUCCAAUCAGAAGCCCACACUUGUGUUUUGUGCAACAAGGAAAGGUGUGCAGCAGGCUGCUUCUGUUCUUGUAAAAGACGCCAAAUUUGUCUUCACUGUGGAUCAGAAACUAAGGUUACAGAAGGCUGCAUAUUCUAUAAGGGAUUCAAAGCUAAAAGAUUUCUUGCUGUGUGGUGUUGGUUAUCAUCAUGCUGGAAUGGAGCUGUCAGACAGAAAAUUGGUUGAAGAAUUGUUUACUUCUGGAGAUCUGCCAGUUCUUUUCACCACCAGCACACUGGCUAUGGGUGUGAACUUGCCGGCUCACCUGGUGGUGGUGAAGUCGACCCUUCACUAUACUGGAGGCAUGUUUGAGGAGUACAGCGAGAGCGACAUCCUGCAGAUGAUUGGGAGAGCGGGCCGGCCGCAGUUUGACACCACAGCUACUGCAGUUAUCAUGACUCGCUUAAGCACGAGAGAGAAGUACCUUCAGAUGUUAGCGUGUAACAGCACUAUAGAGAGCAGUUUGCACAGACAUCUUAUUGAACAUUUAAAUGCAGAGGUCGUGAUGCACACCAUCACCGAUGUGAACGUUGCUCUGGACUGGAUCCGAUCCACCCUGCUGUACAUCAGGGCUCUGAAAAACCCAUCUCAUUAUGGUUUUGCAUCUGGAUUGAAAAAGGAUGGAAUUGAAGCAAAAUUACAAGAAUUAUGUUUGAAGAAUCUGAAAGAUUUAUCAUCACUAGACCUGAUAAAGAUGGAUGAAGAUGUUAAUUUCCAACCAACAGAGGCAGGAAGACUAAUGGCUUGGUAUUAUAUUACAUUUGAGACAGUGAAGAAAUUUUAUGCAAUAAAUGGAAAAGAAACUUUAUCAGAUUUAAUUUCAAUGAUAGCCAGCUGCAAUGAGUUUGUAGAUGUGCAGCUGAGGAUAAGUGAAAAGAGGACACUGAACAGUUUAAACAAAGACCCAAAGCAGAUCACUAUCAGAUUUCCAAUGGAAGGGAGAAUUAAAACAAGAGAAAUGAAAGUAAACUGUCUUAUUCAGGCUCAGCUCGGGUGCAUUCCUAUACAAGAUUUUACUUUGACACAAGAUACCGCGAAGAUUUUCAGAAACGGCUCAAGAAUUGCAAGAUGGUUGUCAGAUUUUGUGGCUCUUCAGCAAAAGAAGUUUGCUGUGCUUUUAAACAGUGUGGUUUUAGCGAAAUGUUUCAAGUGUAAACUGUGGGAAAACUCUCGACAUGUGUCUAAGCAGCUGGAUAAAAUUGGCAUAUCAUUAUCAAAUACCAUGGUAAAUGCAGGUUUGACUUCCUUUAAAAAAAUAGAAGAAGCAAAUGCAAGAGAACUUGAACUGAUUUUAAGUAGGCACCCGCCUUUUGGAACCCAGAUAAAAGAAGCUGUGAUGUAUCUACCAAAAUAUGAGCUUGAAGUGGAGCAGAUUGCAAGAUACAGUGAUAUCGUGGCAGAAAUACUAGUAACCGUUAUAUUAAGAAACUUUAAAGAGCUGCAAACUAAAAGAACAGCACCAGACUCUCACUAUGCUACCUUAGUCAUAGGUGAUGCAGAUAAUCAAGUCAUUUUGAAGCACAAAAUUAUGGAUUCUUUUUUGUUAAAAAGCGGAAAUUGGACUAAGAAAAUUGAUGUGAGGAGAGCUCUUACAUGUGAAGAUCUCAGCAUAAACCUAAUUAGUUCUGAUUACGUUGGUCUUGAUAUUCAGCAGAAAUUUACAGUCUUUUAUUUAGGACCCAGGAAGCUUGUAAGUCAAACAGAUAUGCAAAGAAAAUUAGAAACAGGUGUUUCUCAUCCUAAAUACUCAGCGAGAGCUACUGCAGCAAGAUCCAGUGAAGGAGUGUCUACCGGGAAAAAAGCUGGGAACCGAGAAUGCAACCAUCAUUGUAAAAAUAAACAUGCAUGUGGACAUGAGUGCUGUAAAACUGGAGUUGCACAAAAGCCAGAAGUUAAAGAGUCGGCAAUGUCUUCAUAUUUGUCUGACUUAAAAAGCAGAAAUGCCAUUUCUUCUCUUCCGCCAGUUAAACGACUCAAGUUACAGAUGAACAAAUCUCAUUUUCAAAAUGUGGACCUUAAAGAGAUUGGUUCUACUCCAAGGCCUUCCCAUUCCAGUAUAGCAAGAUCAGAACAUUUAAGCAUCCAAGGAUUGCCAAUAUUGGGACAGUGGGAUCAGCAUGGAAUCUGUGGAAAAGUUCAGCAGGCACCAUCUGAACAUCGUGACAAAGAAGUUCUGAAUGUGAGCUUUGAGCUGGGAGAUGAAGUUUGGGAUGACAUUGAUGAGGAGAGCUUAAUAGAAGUUCUGAGCUCUUCAGCUGAUGUUGAGAAGACAACUGGACCAGGAUUUGGAGACACUUGUGGUGCAAGUCUCAAGAGAAGCAAGAUAGCCUUCCAAGAGUCAAGCAAAUACCAAGGAGACCCCUCAAACAGUUUUGUUUCAUCACGUGAGAAGCCGAAUGUUUACGUAUCAGAUCGUGCCAUGUCCAAGUGUGGGCCAUCCCCUGUGGCAGAGUCACCACAACAAGCUGGAAGUGCGAGUCUUGUCAGUUUGCACGAGCGAAGACAGCCAACGCUGUCACCCGUGAUUGAGAGGGUGUGCUUUACCGGCUCUAAGAAAACACCAUGGUCUUCCAAGUGUCAGGAUAUGUUUAUUUGAAACAGUGGCUCUAAAAAGGAAACAAAGUAUCAUCCUGAUUAUGCAGCUGAAGAAAUGAAGGCCGUUCUGGAAACAUUUAUUGGCAUUUUCUAAUAGAUAUAUAUAUUUAUAUUAUUAAAGCAAAGUAUAAACAUGCUAGUGACUAAUUAUGAUUUAUUUUUUAAAGAUAACUGAUAAUUGUUCAGAAUUUUUCCCUUAGAUGUGAUUCAUUUCUCAACUUCUAAAAAAUUUGUGUACGGAUAUAUUUUUAAUUGUAACUUUUAGAAUGGUUGUUUCAAUAAACUGUUAAAUUAUUAUAAAUAAUUUGCUAUUAAACCAGUUUUAAUAAAAACUAAUAUUUCAUUU